AUGACGCGCAACCGCAGACGCUAUGACUCGACGACUCGCCAGGAUCGCCGCCGUCAGGCGGAUCUAUUCGCUCGGUUUCGGCUUCACAAGCUCUCACUAUGUCAAUACCUCUCGUGGUAUUUCAGCCCGUCAACACAACACGAUAGUGUUCACAAGCAUAGGCCAAAGCUCUUCAACAGUAAUUGGACCCAGCUCAAGCAUGUACUUGAUCUCAUCAUACACCUCGCCCGCGAAGGAUCUUCGGGCGAAGUGAAAGCUGAAUUAUCGUCAGGAACGGCGUCGGUUUGCUCCUGA